GUUUAAAAUGUGAUUGGCCAGUAGAUAUGUUUUAGCUGUGGAAAAGGUUAGGCAGGAAAGGGCGGAACAUGGUUCAACUCGAGCACAAAUGAGUGUGACACACAAAACAAAAAAAGUUUCAUACGCUGAGAAGACGCUAACGUUGCCUUUUGACUGUGUGUGGAGGGGCGAGUGAAGAGGCAGAAAAUGUCUGAGCUAAGUGACGAAGCCAGUGAAUCAGAGCAACUGGGUGCUAGCCUCUCCCUGUGGCUGGGUGACUCCCUGGUGCGACCUGCGGAGCUGGUUGUCCCCCUGGACCUACACACCGCCUGCUCCAUCGGCCAGUACGACGUGGUUGCAGAGUGCAUCAAAAGACGUGAGGUGGACCUGGAUGGCAAGAACAUUGGUGGGUGGACACCACUGAUGUAUGCGUCUUACAUUGGCCACGACAACAUCGCAAAUCUUCUGCUGGAGGCUGGUGUGAAUGUAAAUGCUACUACAGCCAAGGGAUUAACCCCACUGAUGCUGGCUGCAAGCUGUGGGAAUGAAAGUAUUGCAUACUUUCUGCUUCAGCAAGGUGCUGAGUUGGAGCUGAAAGACUCUCGAGGCUGGACCGCUCUGUUCCACUGCACGAGCACAGGCCACCAGCAGAUGGUCAAGUUCCUGCUGGAUAACAAUGCCGAUGCCAAUGUCAAGGAGCCAGGAUCUGGUUUCACUCCCCUGAUGGAGGCUGCUACUUCUGGACAUGAAAUCAUUGUUCAGAACCUGCUUGAUCAAAAAGUUAAAGUUGAUGAUCGCAAUGCUAAAGGAGAGACUGCCCGUGCUUUAGCCAUGAUGUACGGUUAUACCAAGAUCGUCAGCCUCAUUGACUCACGUACUCCAAGGAUCAAACCAGGGCAUUUUGAAGACAUGAGUUCCUCAGAGGAUUCGGACAGCGCACCGCCAAGGAUAAGGCAGAGUCGAAACAGAGCUAAAGGCAUGAGCAUCCAUGAUGGACCCCAGGCCGUCGCCAAGUUCCGAGUAGGAUGCACCAGCAAACUGUGUGAACCUGCUACAUUGCCGCCAGGAUACACGACAUACCGUGACACUGGUGAACGGAGUGAGGGCAUCUGCUACCGUGAUGUGACUUCACCCAUCAACGAGCUGGACGGCCAGAGCAACAGCAGCAGAGAUGACAGUCCAUUCUUUGACAAUGACAUGCCCACCAUGAGGAGCAGCAGCAGCAGCAGUGAAGGCCUGCCUCAUGUGAUGGGCCUCAACUGGGAAGGCUCUGUGGAGAGUAAUGAGGACUCUGACCAGUGCAAGAAGAGCAGCUCUCGCAGAGUCAGUAAGGGCCAUCACUCAAAAGGCAAGAGUCGCCACGGAGGCAACGAUGCCGCUCACUCCAGCGGUACAGCAAACUGUGGGAUGAGGUCACAUAUUGGUCUUCCACCCUCCUACACUGGUCCAAAGGACCUGGCAGAGUUCUUGGACCAAAUUGGCUUCUCUAAGUAUCUCCCUUUACUAGAAGAGCAAGACAUUGACCUGCGGAUAUUUCUCACCCUGACUGAAAAUGAUCUCAAAGAAAUAGGGAUCACAUUGUUUGGACCUAAGCGUAAGAUGACCUCGGCCAUUGCAAGGUGGCACAGCAGUGCUCGACCACCCAGCGAUGCUCUGGAACAAGCUUAUGCUGACCAACUUGAGGCUGAGAUGCAGGAGAUGGCCAUUCAGUUGCAUAAGCGCUGUGAGGAGAUGGCGAGCCUGCAGAGCCAGGUGUCUCAGGAGAAGGAGCUGCGUACUGUGAUGGAGGGAUGUCUCAUGGAGGACAAGAUGGCAUGGAGGAGGGUCCAUGCCGAGCUGGUAGAGAACCACCGGCUGGCUCAGGAGAUGACCGCCACACUGGCAGAGUUUAGGGCCUGCCACACUAAACUGCUCCCCUGUUUCACUACUGAUGAGGACAGCAGCUCUUAUACUGGCAUGGAAGAUAAAAUAGAAGGUGACACUGGUGUUCCAGCCAGCGAGGGCCUGCCACGCUCAAAAGCUGCGGAGCUAAUGAAGAAACUGUAUUCUUAUGAGGAAGAACUGGCAGGGACCCUGCAAACUGUGCUUCAGAGUCUGAGGCGACUGAGUGCCCCUGAAAAAGUCUCAGAUAGCUGGGAACGGCCUUAACCUCCAAAGAGGCUUUUGCCAAUACUUGACGGAGGGUGAUCUAACCACCCUGAACAAUCUCACGGAAAUGGGAGAAGGCCAAAGACAAGGCCAUCCCUGCUGGACCAGAGAAGCCUGCCGCUCCUCUGAUGGACCAGAACUCCCCAUGCGUGGACAAGGCCAAGAGGGACGGCAACCACUACAGGGAAGUGACAAUCAGGCAGGAAGGGUACCUGGCCCUCACACGCUUGUGCUGGUAUUUACUGGACUCCUGUAGCUGGGUUGUGAGAAUGCUUAGAGAGGAGAGACUGAUGUGACUGUGGAUCAGAGGCUGUAAUACUGUGAAAUGAUUCUUAAAGAACUGCUCUCUCUUCCUUCAUGAAAUGUUCAUGCCACCAACCGAAGGGAUAUUUUAUAACAGAAGUCAAAAUGAGUAGUUAGAAGUUCUGCAGAGCUCUGUUUUAAAAUAAUGUCCUGCUGAAUGCAUUUUUUAGAGCUUAAGAUCAAAGUAAUGAGUUAAACCUGUCAGUUAAUCAUUAUCCUUAUGUUACACCAGGAAAGGUGUUUUCAAGCCAUUUGACUGUAAUGCUGUAGACACUAGCAUAUGUAGAAGCAGAGUUAUGACAAUAAAAUUUACAAAUUA